UUCCGCGGGAUGAAAGCUGUUAUUCCGCAUAGACAAUUGAUUGUAAGCGUUAUCAUGAAUAGAAGUGCACUGAAUUUUUGUGCAGGCUUGUAGUUCUUGAGAGGUUGAUGCAGAUUUUGUGGUCAAAAUAUGAUGUUCGAUUCAGUUUAUGAGAGAACAGGGCUCCGAAGGACGGCAUUGUUCAUAGGGCAGUGACAUUAGGUCGGUGCGUCCUUGUCGCACGUGGGAGCGGGGCGGGGGGCGGGGGGCGGUAUUGUAGCGCGCGCGUAUUGUCGACCCGCUUCGAUCUGCCAGCAUUGUGUAUCGGCGCCGCGCGUUCACAAGACGUGUAUCACGUUCCUAUUUGAAAUUUUCGAAUGCGUUCGAUCGCGGAACGGUCGCACGAACUCUUAUUCGAACGUUACUGCGAAUUAUUUGUGUUGGACUAUUGUUUUUAGUUUGUGUUAUUUUUUAUUGUGUGUUUUUUUAGUUUGUGACUUUUUUAGUUAGACUUUUAUAUAAGAUAUGAUUGUGAAAAUAAUACCAAAGAAACGGUGUGAUCGGACAAUUUAACGUGUUGUUUUAGUUCUGUUACAUUAAUUUUAUUUUUAUUCUAUUAAGUUUUUGUCGCACUUCGAUUUUUCUGAUGUCUCGAAACGCCAAAGGAACGAUGGUAACGCACCUGAAGAAACAUGUCAUCUAAAAGAAAGUCACCACCGUCGAAAUUGCAAGAAGGUGCCGCCAACACAGAGAAGCCUGAAGCCGGCCCAGCCAACCAGGACUUUCCUGAUCAUCAGGAGUCGGACGACAACGAGCAACUGAGUUACUAUAAGUUCUCGCCCAGUUCCUCGACAAGGAGUUCUAUUAGCGAGGAGGAUACGAAUUACGAAGACGAACGACCGUCAAAGAAGCAACGAUUCGAGCAAACAAUAGACAUGACAAAUAACCUUCUAGUCCCAUCAUCGUUCUUAAGUCUCCAUCAAGUGAACGACCUGCAGGUUCGAAGGCGUGGAUCAUCAGAAUGCAGUAGUCCUGGAGCCGAGGCGAAAGUUUUGGGACUGUGCAACAAUAACAAUUCCUUGUUGAACCACAACAGCGCUUUAUCGCUGACUGCACCUCACAAGCGUUCUAUGGAUGACGUCUUGAAGAGGCUAACGUCGAAGAUGAACAAUAGUACGAUUAAAGAGGAGAAGAGGCCCACUCCAUCGACGACACCUGUGAACAAGAACAACGAGAGACGAGCAGUAUUAGACGCAGCAGCGUUACAAGCCCUGGCUGGCGAGAGCGUGCUGGAGAAGGAACGGCAGCUUUCCGAGAUGAUCCUGCAACUGCAGAUGGUGAGAGAGCAACUGUUGGCGCAACAAGAACACGCUAAGAACAUAGGCAAUGUGACUGCUGAGCUGGAGUUACAGCGGUUACAACAAGAGCAGUUGCGUCGACAGGAGAUGGUGCGACGUGGACAGCAUGGGAUGUACCCUGGGCCACCAUUGGGACUCCUACCCCUAUUGGAGCAGAUGCGGCCCCAGGCACAGCAACAAAACGCGAUGCAGCAGCAAUGGCCAGCGACGGCUCAGCUUGCCCAACUAACAGCGAACACUCGAUCCCCCCCUCCCCAAGAUCCAGAUACCCCCUUAAACCUGAGCAAACAGCGCUCCCCGUCGCCCGCGCAGCCAAUGAUGCUACCACGCUUCGUACCCUACCCUCCUAUGGAAGAAUCACAAUACAGUAUGCCGAAGGAAGAGGAAUACAACGCUGCCUGCAACACCUCAUCGUGGAGCCAAUCACCUUCAGAGGAUGCAGAAAAAGCGAAAUUGGUUCGCCAACCGCGCAGAGACGAAACGGGCAAGCCCCACAUCAAACGACCAAUGAACGCGUUCAUGGUGUGGGCUAAGGAUGAACGUAGGAAGAUCCUCAAAGCAUGUCCUGACAUGCACAACUCUAACAUAUCCAAGAUACUGGGCGCUAGGUGGAAGGCGAUGUCUAACGCUGAGAAGCAACCCUAUUACGAAGAGCAGUCGAGAUUGUCCAAACUGCAUAUGGAGAAGCACCCUGACUAUAGGUACCGACCGAGACCAAAAAGGACAUGCAUAGUCGACGGCAAGAAGAUGAGGAUAUCCGAGUACAAGAAUUUGAUGCGCAGUCGCCGGCAGGAGAUGAGGCAGCUAUGGUGUCGUGAUGGAGGAAGCGAGCUGGGUUUCCUGCCCCCUGCACUAGCCUCCCCCGGACCUUCCAAUUCCUCGCCACCCCCCAACGGAGGCAACUACAUGAACCCUGGGUUCUCUCCACCACUAUCGCCCAGGGAGGAUGAUUGAGGUACGGCGCGCGGCUGGCCAUACCCGCACGCCGCGCCCCUGUCCUUACCUCCCUCUCACCACCCCUGGUAAAAACGCGGACAGUUCUGGAACACUAGAACAUUUUGGAUAACGUUCACACAAAGACUUGGAGCAUGAAUCUCAAGUGUUGCCCUAAACCCCUACCCCUCAAACCGUGACUGUACAUAAUGAGGGGGAACGCAUAGACGGUAGCUAUUAUAUUCUGUGAGUUUUUGCCAGUGUCUCAAAUUGGAUCUCUCGUUUACAAAAUACUGAUUAUUAAUAAUGAGAUUAUUCCAUUAGUGAAUUAAGAAAUUUCUAACUUUGGACACUUUUCGCCCGUAUACUUGUUGUGUGCUUGCACAGUGAUUUUUUCAGUGAAAAACUAUAAAACAAAAUGUACUACUGCUUUGAUAAUGGUUUAAAUGUGUCAUAAUAAUGUAAACAAUACUAGCGAUCAGUUACGAUUUGUAUUAAAAAUUGGUAUGUAAUAUUACGUAUUGUAGUAAAAUGUCUCAAAUAAUUCUUAAUUCGUAAGCAUUAUGCGGGUGUAUUGGUUCUCCUGUUAUGUAAAUAGCGCCCUUUUUAGGUACGACCUAUAUCAAUGUUUGGACUAGAAUCGUAGAUUUUUGGCACAAAUAAGUAAUCCCUUUUAUUAAAGAAAGUGUGCCAAAACUUGUAUUAAAACCAACACAGCUAAUUAGAAGAAGAUAAUGUAUAUACUUAAGUACACAGAUAAGUACCUAAAUCAUUUGAAUCGAUGUAUUGAAGUAUGUAGAUGUAGCAGGAACCGACGCACUCACGUGGUUGGAGCUGAUUCUCUGUAAAUAGGUAAAAUUCCCUUUUGUAGAUAGAUUACGUUUAAGUUUUAAUGGAAUGUUCGGCUAAAGGUUUUAGUAUAAGGUUCAGAGAUUAGUUGUUAACGUUAGCUGUAAUGUACUUUGAAUCUUGACUAUCGCGUGGCCAUGUAUAAACUUAGUGGGAACUUCUUUGUAUCGUAGCUUUACAAAUUAAGCAAUUAUAAUGUAUCAAACCAAAAAUUUGAAGCGGAUUGCUUGAAAAUUUAAGUGUUUUGAACACGGGAACUGUUUUUAUUUAAAUUCAGUGAGAUCUUUUAUGCAUAAUGGUUAUGAUUAAAAUACUCAUAGACUUAUCUAGUUGAGAUUGGUAAUAGACCGUUCUAUUAUAAGCUGUUUUAUCACGAACGUACGUAAAGGAAUCUAUGUUAAAGAAUUAAUCGACAUAGCCAAUGAAAAAAUGUAUUUAUAUAUCAUACCUAAUUAUCCAAAUGAAAAUAAGGAAAAUUUUAUCCACGGAAUGAUUGUAGAUUAUAAUACUGUCAAAUUUGGCGCCAAUACUACAGAUAAAAAAUCUUUCGUUCCUGACAGUAUUUGUUUUGAAAAAAUCGAUUGGUCAAUUGUGAAAUUGUCAAUUUGUUAUUACAUAAAGACAUUUCCUUUUAUUGAUUUUAUGACCCCACCGACAUGAAUGUGGGAUUAUUUUGGGCUUACAUCACUGUAAUUAAAAAUAUAAGAAGGUAACUACUUAUUUAAUCAAAAUUAGAACCGUUAUUGGUUUUUGUAUUGAACUGCUGUACCUAAGUGUAGUUGCUUAAUUUAUAUAAUUAGUUUACCCUAAUCAAAAUUGUGUUUAAACUAUUUCAAAUUAAGGUUACUUUUUAUGAAACAUGUUAUUAGCAAAAUCUUUAUGUCGUAUGGAUUCUCAGUGAUGUAACGCCCUGGUACUAUUAUUAAUAUAAACAAAUAUUCGCUUUAUCGAAUCGUGCAAUUUAUUAAGUAGAUAAUAGUAAAUAAGCUAUAGUAACGCAUAAUAUUAUCUACAUUUUUAUAUAGCUCUUAGUCAACCAACUUGUAUAGACAAUUAGACACCUAUUUCGAUAAACCUCCUUUAAAAAAAUUGUUCGAUGACGUUAGCUGUCAUUAGUUUUUUUUUUAAUUUUGUUAUUUAUUUUUCUAAUUAUAUAGAACUUGUUUUGUUUUUUCUUCUAUUUUCUUAAUAAAAGUUGUAUGCCAGUAAUUGACGUGAAGUAGCGUUAGUAUGAAUAAAUAAAAGUUAUUGUGUAUGUGAAUCUUAAUGUUUAUAAGUAGGUAGUGUGUAUUCAUAGUAAAUGUGUAAGGUUUUAGAACAGUGCCGUUAAAUUAUUUAUUUUUUAUGUUGAACUCAUGUAAAUACGCGUAUAUUUUGAUGUAAACGUUAGUAAUUGUGGUUAUUUAAUGAACGAUACUUAAUUUUGGUGUCUACUUUGUAUGAGUUUGGAUCUCGAACGAGUUUCAAUUAAUUUAUUGUGACAGAUGUAACAAGAUUAUCUGUUUGGUUACACCUAUCUUGCCAUACCUGUAAAGUACCUAUGUAAGUACUGAAGUAGCUACGAAACAUCACAACUUAUGUUACACGUACUUAAAAACAAGCUGUUGUUACGGUAAAUAGUUUAAUUUUAAACUAUUUUCACAUUGAUUUGUUGAUAUUUCCAUUUAGUAUGCAGUUUUAUUCAGCAUUGCAUUGAAAAUGUUUCAAAUGUGUAAGUAGGUAGAUUUUAGGUUUUAUUACCUAGUGUAAACCAGGACACAUUGUUUAAAAUUGUGCCAAAACCCAAAAGUAUAUUAAAAAAUAAAUAAUAAAAAUAA